AUGAAAGACGAGGCGAACAAGUACUUUAAAGAUCAGAGCUACGAUGCAGCGAUCGAGCUCUACUCAAGAGCGAUCGAUGCCCAUCCCACAGCUGUUCUCUAUGGAAAUCGCUCUAUGGCCUACUUGAAAAAGGAACUUUAUGGAAGCGCGUUGGAGGACUCGGACAAAGCGAUCGAAACCGAUGCAGCUUAUGUGAAGGGAUACUAUCGACGAGCGACUGCAAAUAUGGCGCUAGGACGAUUCAAGAAAGCUCUCAAGGAUUAUGAGGCUGUUGUUAAGGCCUGCCCAAAAGAUGCGGAUGCUAUCCAGAAACGCUCGGAAUGCUCAAAGAUUGUCAAGAGAAUCGCUUUCGAGAAUGCGAUCUCGUGCGAUCACGACAAGAAGAGCAUCACCGAAUCAAUAAACGUCGAUUCGAUGGAAGUAGAAAACUCCUACACCGGUCCCAAACUCGAUUCGGCGAUCACAAAAGAGUUCAUGGUGGAUCUCAUUAAGACUUUCAAAGACCAAGGCUCUUUGCAUAGGAAAUACGCUUACAAGAUUCUUCUUGACAUUUAUGCUUACUUCAAAGAUCAACCGUCGAUGAUCGAAAUUACGGUUCCAGAUAAGAAAAAGUUUACGAUUUGUGGUGAUGUGCACGGGCAAUUCUACGAUCUUUGCAAUAUUUUUGAGAUUAACGGGUUACCAAGCGAGGAAAAUCCUUAUUUAUUCAAUGGUGAUUUCGUGGAUCGGGGUUCUUUCUCGGUGGAGACGAUCUUCACGCUUUUUGGCUUCAAACUUCUCUACCCUAAUCAUUUCUUCAUGUCCAGAGGAAAUCACGAAAGUGACACGAUGAACAAAAUGUACGUGGAAAAGUUUUUGUUUGUCAUGGCGGUCUUUUCAAGGAGGACGGUGUCACUUUUGGAGGAUAUCCGCAAAACGGAUCGAGUUCGACAACCGCCCGAGGAGGGAAUCAUGUGUGAUUUGCUGUGGUCCGACCCUCAACCGAUCAAUGGCCGGUGUCCCUCGAAGCGUGGAGUCGGCUGCCAAUUUGGACCCGACAUCAGCAAAAGAUUCUGUGAUACAAAUGGCAUUCAAUAUGUUGUACGAUCACAUGAGGUCAAGCCGGAGGGAUGGGAGAAACACCAUGACGGACGAGUGUACACCGUGUUCUCGGCUCCGAAUUACUGCGAUCAGAUGGGGAACAAGGGCGCGUUCUUGACGAUCCAGGGUCCCGACUUCACUCCCCGUUUCACUUCAUUCGAUUCGCAAUUCUUGACGAUUUCCGCUUUUGAUCUCGCGGUAACACUCGAUCCGGCGAUUCCUACUGUACCACCAACUGCCCAUGAGAACCCGGACACAUGCAUCGGGCAUUGUGCUCUCGCUUUUGUUGAAUCAAUCGGUGGCCAACUUGGACCUGAUAGAGCCGUCUCUCUGCUCCAACUCAAUUACAACGAUUUUCUUCGCGCUUUCAGCAACACAACCUUUUUUGAGAUGUUUUGUGGAAUCUAUCACUCUUUUCAACAUUGUGCAUCAAAAUGUGAAACUGGAUACUUGCAUCAAAUGUUAAUGCGAUCUUCCGAAAUCAUUGAUCAUUAUUGUGUCUACAAUCGAAAAGCAAUCGGUGAGAAAUUCCCGUGUCUUUCUUCAAUUCGUCCAUCUGAUCAAUGCCUUAAAACUUGCACUUCACAUCACGAUGCUGUCACUUCACUAAUUGGAAAUUUUAGACAUUUGGCUCUUAAUGGAGACACGUCACAAGCUGAGCGAUAUCUUGAGGAAAGUUGCGAAUAUGUCAUCUGUUCCCUGCACUGCGAUGUGCCCACAAUAGCGCAUGACUGUGAUUUCGAGACGGCGAAUUUGGUAAUCAACUUGACGAGACGAAGCUUUGAGUCGAUGCAGAGCCUUGCACUCGACAUGGGCACACUCAAAAAAUGGCCAAAAAUGUGCGAGGAUAUUUCAACGUAUCGUCUACCACAGCCAAGUAUCGCUCCGAAAUUCGAUGGGAAUUCGUUGAUUGCUGAAGUGGCACCCGUUUUUCCAACAACCAAACCACCACAAUCGGCUCGACAAUCGGCUCAACAAUCAGCUUCACAAUCGGCUUCACAAUCAGCUUCACAAACGGCUCCGAUAAUUGAAAAUUCGAAAGGAAAAAUUUCGAUCAUAAUCAUUUUAACUAUUUUAAUUGUUUUUUUCUUAUAU